AAAACCCUAGAGGACGUGGACUCUGUUACCACUUCACUUACAAGAGCCCCUCCCCUCCCCACCAAACCAAACACCACCGUUAAGAAGACACAGCGCAGACAAUAAACCAAACUCCAGAAAGUCUUCUGACAAUGGCUGAAAUCUCGGUGACUUCGUUUCCUUCUUCCUCUUCUGCUCUUGCGCUUCGCAGCCCACGCAAUGGUACCAUAAGAUCUCAGAAUGUAGCUUGUCAGAGAACCACUUCCCUGUUCCAAGAGUUAUCUCUGAAACGAAGCCAGCUUUCAGGCAAUGCCAUUGCUACAGCUCAUGUUUCCGGAACACGCGUCUGCAAGAGUCAAGCUAUCCGAGCUGUUCUCUCCGGUGAUGGACAAACUGUCGUGUCUGCUGAUUCAAAGGGUGAAGCCGGUCUUCGUGGCAAGCUGAAAAAAGUCGUUCUUGCUUACAGUGGAGGCUUAGACACCUCCGUCAUCGUGCCAUGGCUCAAGGAGAACUAUGGCUGUGAAGUUGUGUGUUUCACCGCAGAUGUUGGUCAGGGUAUCAAAGAGUUGGAGGGUUUAGAACAAAAGGCUAAGGCUAGUGGCGCUUCUCAACUGGUGGUUAAGGAUCUCACGGAGGAGUUUGUGAAAGACUACAUAUUCCCAUGUCUUAGAGCUGGUGCCAUCUAUGAACGAAAAUACUUGCUUGGUACCUCCAUGGCUCGACCUGUCAUUGCUAAGGCCAUGGUAGAUGUAGCCGCAGAGGUUGGAGCUGAUGCCGUUGCACAUGGGUGUACUGGCAAAGGAAAUGACCAGGCAAGUACUUGGACUGUUAGGUUUGAGCUCACCUUCUUUUCAUUGAACCCUGAACUUAAAGUUGUGGCACCAUGGAGAGAAUGGGAAAUCCAAGGCAGAGAAGACGCUAUUGAGUAUGCAAAGAAGCAUAACGUUCCUGUCCCCGUGACAAAGAAAUCUAUUUACAGCCGGGACAGAAACCUCUGGCACCUUAGUCAUGAGGGUGAUAUAUUGGAAGAUCCAGCAAACGAGCCGAAGAAAGAUAUGUACAUGAUGAGUGUAGAUCCCGAAGAUGCUCCUGAUCAGCCUGAAUACAUAGAGAUCGGGAUAGAAUCUGGACUCCCAGUGGCACUCAACGGGAAGGAUCUCUCCCCAGCCUCCCUUCUCUCCGAACUAAACACAAUAGGAGGGAAACACGGCAUUGGCCGGAUCGACAUGGUGGAGAACCGUCUUGUCGGGAUGAAAUCACGAGGUGUCUAUGAAACCCCAGGAGGCACCAUCCUCUUCGCGGCUGUGCAGGAACUAGAAUCCCUCACGUUAGACAGAGAGAGCAUUCAGGUGAAAGACUCAUUAGCACUGAAAUACGCAGAGAUGGUCUAUGCAGGAAGGUGGUUUGAUCCGCUUAAGGAGUCCAUGGACGCUUUCAUGGAGAAGUUAACUGAGAAAACUACGGGAUCUGUAACACUGAAGCUGUACAAAGGAUCUGUGUCGGUUACAGGGCGUAAGAGUCCGAACAGUCUGUAUAGACAGGACAUAUCUUCGUUUGAAGGGAGUGAGAUUUACAACCAAGCUGAUGCAGCUGGGUUUAUUCGUCUUUAUGGGUUGCCUAUGAGAGUUAGAGCGAUGCUUGAGAAAGGCAUCUAG